GAGGCAAAUAAACAGAGAGAAAGAGAGAUCGAGAUCAGAAUGGAUUAUCAGCAAAAGCCGCCGCCGUCUUCUGACCCUUCGCCGUCUCCGCCCGACCGUCCACCGGGACUUACAUCACCGGAAACGCCCUCUAACAAUCAGAAUCAUGACAUAGAGGACAUUAUGGCUUGCGUCACGGCUUUGGAAGCUGCUCUGUUACCAUGUUUGCCCGCGAGAGAGCUUCAAGCUAUCGACCGCUCUCCUCAUCCUUCUCAUCAAAUUGAUGUUGAGCGGCACGCCAGAGAUUUCAUGGAAGCUGCCAAAAAACUUCAGCUUUACUUCAUGGGAUUGAAGCGAGAAGAUCGCGCGCCUACAAGAGCUGAAAGCCUUAAGAAGGAGAUUGCAGUGAUGGAGGAAGAGCUUAAGACCAAAGAUGAGCUUAUAAAGAAGCACUCAAGGCUUUUCCAAGAAUCGCAGAAGCUAGUGAAAGAACAGAUUGAGAAACACCGAGUAGAGCUGGAGAAAGUAUAACAUCUCAAUCAAAGUUUGUUGUUUUU